AUGCAACACACACACACACACACACACACACACACACACACAGAAACGUCUGGAGCUGCUGUUAAGCUCAGCUCAACAGUUCCCCUGUCUUUUCUUCUCCUGAGUGGUAGCGUGCGAGGAGCUCCCCACUACAGACCACAGCAGCAGGACAGAGGGAGCUACGACCAGGGGAAAGCUAUCGACCGACCUGAGGGGACAACAUGGGGUGCCGGUGGAUGACUGUGAUCGCCGUCACACAAGUCAUAUUCACGUUAGGCCUGAGUGUGGAAGCCCAGGCUUCAGUCUACGACCUGCUCACCUCUCCUGAUUGCCUGCCAGACCUGCUCCAGGGGGGGCUGGCUGAACAGGGGGUGAACGAAGCCUUCAUCCUGACCACCUUCACGCUGCAGCCCAGGACGGGGACCACCGUGUUCGGCCUGUACAACCCCCGGGACAACAGCAAGUACUUUGAGUUCACCGUGAUGGGCCGGCUCAACAGAGCCGUGCUGCGCUACCUGCGGACCGACAGGCGGAUGAGCUCGGUGACCUUCAACAACCUGGCACUGGCGGACGGCCAGCGGCACCGGCUGCUGUUCCACCUGAAGGGGCUGCAGCAGCAGGGGGCGGCCGGCCUGGAGCUGCACCUGGACUGCAAACUGGUGGAGACGGUCAGGGACCUGCCCGCCGUCUUCCUGGGCCUGCCCGCCGGCUACGGCAUGGUGGAGCUCAAGAGCAUGCAGGCCAAAGACCAGGAGAGCUUAGAGGAGCUGAAGCUGGUGGUGGGCGACUCCUUCGAGAACAUCGCCUCGCUGCAGGACUGCCACUUCCAACAGCGGGACUCUGUGCAGACCCUGGGGGUCAACACAAAGCAGCUCGCCAAUCAGAUGUUGGACUUGACCAAGGUGAUAAACGAGCUGAAAGACGUCCUGAUUCAGCAGGUUAAAGAGACUUCAUUCCUCCGGAACACCAUCUCUGAAUGCCAGGCCUGUGGACUCGGGGGAACUGAAGUCGUCGUCCCCGUAAAGCCAAAGUGUGCAGCAGGCGUGUGUUUCCGUGACGAUAUGUGCUUUGAGACGGCAGACGGCGUGGAGUGUGGACCCUGCCCAGACGGAUUCACCGGAGAUGGCUUCAGCUGUGAUGAUGUGGAUGAGUGUCAGUUCCACCCGUGUUACCCUGGAGUGAAGUGUGUGAACACCGCCCCGGGGUACCGCUGUGAUGCCUGCCCCAUGGGGUACACCGGCAUGGCUAUCGAGGGGGUCGGCGUGCUGUUCGCUCAGACCAACAAGCAGGUCUGCGACGACAUUGAUGAAUGCAAAGGCAACAACGGAGGCUGCACCACAAACUCUGACUGUCAGAACUCUGUGGGCUCCUAUCAUUGUGGCAGCUGUAAGACAGGCUUCACAGGAGACCAGGUGAAGGGCUGUAAGCCGGAGAUGAGCUGUGGCAACAGCCUGACCAACCCCUGCGAUAUCAACGCCAACUGUAACAUAGAGAGAGACGGCUCUGUCACCUGUCAGUGUGGGAUCGGCUGGGCUGGCAACGGAUACUUGUGUGGGAAGGACACGGAUAUCGACGGAUUACCUGACGAGAAGCUGAAGUGCAAGGACCCCAGCUGUAAAAAGGACAACUGCAUCUUUGUUCCUAACUCCGGGCAAGAGGACGCGGACCAUGACGGACAGGGGAACGCGUGCGACGGAGACGCAGACGGUGACGGGAUUCCAAAUGAGCAGGACAACUGCUGGCUGAAGGCCAACGUGGACCAGAGGAACAGCGACAAGGACACCCACGGAGACGCGUGCGAUAACUGUCGCCACGUGGAGAACGCCGACCAGAGGGACACCGACGGCGACGGCAAAGGAGACACCUGCGACGACGACAUGGACGGAGACGGUCUGAAGAACUUCUUGGACAACUGCCAGCGCGUGGUGAACAGGGACCAGGUGGACCGGGACGGGGACGGCGUUGGAGACGCCUGUGACAGCUGUCCAGAUAUACCCAACCCCAACCAGUCUGACAUUGACCACGACCUGGUCGGCGAUUCCUGCGACACCAACCAAGACAGCGAUGGCGACGGUCAUCAGGACAGCAAGGACAACUGCCCCCUGGUGAUCAACAGCUCCCAGCUGGACACGGACAAGGACGGCUUCGGGGACGAGUGCGAUGACGACGACGACAACGACGGCGUGCCCGACUUCCUGCCGCCGGGGCCGGAUAACUGCCGCCUGGUGCCCAACCCCGACCAGAUAGACGACAACAAUGAUGGAGUGGGCGACAUAUGCGAGUCUGACUUUGACCAGGACAAGGUGAUUGACAGGAUCGACAUCUGCCCCGAGAACGCAGAGGUGACUCUGACAGACUUCCGGGCCUAUCAGACGGUGGUGCUCGACCCCGAGGGCGACGCCCAAAUCGAUCCUAACUGGGUGGUCCUGAAUCAGGGAAUGGAGAUUGUUCAGACCAUGAAUAGUGACCCCGGACUCGCUGUUGGCUACACGGCGUUCAGCGGCGUGGACUUUGAGGGCACGUUCCACGUGAACACGGUGACCGACGACGACUACGCGGGCUUCAUCUUCGGCUACCAGGACUCGUCGUCGUUCUACGUGGUGAUGUGGAAGCAGACGGAGCAGACGUACUGGCAGGCCACGCCCUUCAGGGCUGUGGCCGAGCCCGGAAUCCAGCUGAAGGCGGUGAAGUCCACGUCAGGGCCAGGCGAGCACCUGAGGAACUCCCUGUGGCACACGGGGGACACCAACGACCAGGUGCGUCUGCUGUGGAAGGACCCCAGGAACGUGGGCUGGAAGGACAAGGUGUCCUACCGCUGGUACCUGCAGCACCGCCCCCAGGUGGGGUACAUCCGAGCCCGAUUCUACGAGGGAACUGAGUUAGUGGCCGACUCCGGCGUCACCAUCGACACCACCAUGAGAGGAGGGCGGCUCGGAGUAUUCUGCUUCUCCCAGGAAAACAUCAUCUGGUCCAACCUCAAGUACCGCUGCAAUGACACUAUCCCAGAGGACUUCCAAGAGUUCGGCACUCAACACGGAGAAUCACUGUAGUAUGGAGACAAGGAAACGAGGCCCCCACCUAAUUCACUGUUUACCUGUGUCAGCCCACCGUGUUUCAUUUUGUGUGUGUGUGUGUGUGUGUGUGUGUAUGAAUGUGUGUGUGUGUAUGAAUGCGUGUGUGUUUGUGGGUGUGUGUGUACAUGUGUGUUUGUCUGUGUGUGUGUGUGUGUGUGUGUGUGUGUGUGUGUGUGUGUGUGUGUGUGUGUGUGUGUGUGUGUGUGUGUGUGUGUGUGUGUGUGUGUGUGUGCGUUUGCUUGUGGGUUUUAUUUUUUAAUUGUCUCUUUUUAUGUUCGAUCAUCUCCUUAUCAGUUUACUGAGCAAUGGACAUUAUGUAUCUUAAUAUCUGUUGUCAUUUACAUUUCAAACAAAAACUGAUAAAACCAAUCCUACAUGUCCUACAUUUUUGACAUUUUUAAAAAUUUCGGCACGACGUUGCCUUAAUGGUGUUUGUCCUCAAACUGAAAUUAAGUAUUGGCAUAAGUCUCUAUAAAACAACCUUUUAUACGGGACAUUAUGAUAGUCCUGUGUAACGGACCGAUACAUACACCACUAUAUGUGCUACUUCUUGAUCUCUUUCACUACUUUUCUACUUUAAUAGAAAUACUUUUCUCCUAAAUAAUGCCAUUAUGAGAAGAGAAUUGUUGGCUAAAAUUACAAUCAGAAUGUAAAACGAGACAUCAAUUGACAUAUCAGUAUGGGAACACUUGGCAGGCCAUAUUACGUUUUUAGCCAUUGUGCGUGUGUUUUUUACCCUUGCUUACGUUUGUUGAUCUUUGCCCUUGUUGAUGGCAAGGGCACCAUGUUUAUAAGGAAUCAUUUUUUGCCACUCACCUACUAGGUGAGUCUUUACCUACUUGUCUUCAUGGGUCUAAUUCUAGAUCGAGAACUUGAUGGUCAGGUCGAUCUUUUGUGAUAAUGUUAUGCUAAUUGAUUUUUAAAUAAAACUCCUGAGAGAAAUGUUUGGCCAUCAUCUCUUGUCAAACAUUUU